CCCAUGUAUUCUUUUUUGAUUUUUCUCGUAUUCUCAUUUGUAUUGUCUAUCAAUUUUCCUUCUAGUUCUUUAAACCAUUUAGGAAUUUUACCUUUUGUGCUAACGCCUAAUUCUAUGCACAUAUGUUUCCAUUUUUUCAUAUUUACUCCAUCUAUUUCUAGUAAAUCUUCGAUAAACAUUACUUUCUUGUUUCUUCUUGAGAGCGCACUUUUCAUGAUAUUUUUUUCAUCAAUUAUUUCGAUAAUAUCUUUAGCACCGCCUUCUAUUAAAUGAUUUAUAUUAAUGUUAUUAUAUACUUCGUGAUCGCAAAUGUUAAUGUUUUCGUUAUUCAAUAACUUAAUUGCUUCAAUUAUCCAAUUAUUCUUAAUUUUAUAUCUUAAGUUCAAGUCGC